AGAUGGCGGAUGUGUGUGAGCGGUGGUGGGGGGAGUUACUCAAUCAUCCCCUGUUGGACCGACUCAAAAGGAGUGAUAGGCACCCGGACGAUCCGGCUAAAAACCUCGUCUUCUGCGUUGAUAGUGAUCUUUUCUUCUGGGAUGUGAACGAAAGCGUGUUCUACACCACUAACCUUCGGAGCUUGAACGCCGACAUCGAAUCGUACCAGACCUUGCUAUGUAUAAAUCCACCACUAUUUGAAGUGAAUGAAGUUCUGCUCAGUCCAACUCAGCAUCAUGUACUACUCAUUGGAACUAAAGGCAUGAUGGUGUUGGAGCUACCCCAGCGGUGGGGAAAGAGGUCUGAAUUUGAAGGUGGAACAAAUAGGGUUAAUUGUCGAACAAUUCCUAUAGCAGAAAGAUUCUUUACUAGUUCGACAUUACUGACAUUGAAGCAUGCUGCUUGGUACCCCAGUGAAACUGAGGAACCACAUGUUGUUAUGUUGACCUCUGACAAUUCUAUAAGGUUAUAUGACUUAAAACAACCACAGACUCCAGUGAACACAUUUAGCCUUACUCAGUGUGAAGAGGAAAAUAUUGUAUCAACAUCAAGAUCAUAUACAGCAUCACUCGGGGAGACUGCAGUUGCUUUUGAUUUUGGUCCUUUGACUUCUGCCCCUGGGCGUCGUUCCAAAGAAGAGGUUCAAGUCUAUCCACUUUACGUUCUGUAUGAAAAUGGCGAGACCUUCUUGAUCUAUUGCAACCUCACUCACAACAGCACUGGUCUUCUUGGGAAGUUGCUGGGUCCUCUACCAAUGCACCCAGCUGCUGAGGAUAAUUACGGCUAUGAUGCUUGUGCCAUACUGUGCCUUCCCUGUACCCCAAACAUUCUGGUUAUUGCUACACAAUCCGGCAUGUUAUACCACUGUGUGGUUCUUGAGGGGGAUGAAGAGGAAGAUCAGAUGGCCAAUGAAUCUUGGGACCUGAGAUGUGAGUCUCUUCCUUCGCUCUACGUGUUUGAAUGUGUGGAAUUGGAAUUGAGCUUGAAACUGGUGACUGGGGAUGACAUCGAGCAAUUGCAAUCUGAUUUCUCCUGCCCAAUCACAUUGCAUAAAGAUCCAUUAUGUCCAACACGGUAUCAUUGCACACACCUAGCUGGUGUACACAGUGUCGGGCUGACAUGGGUCAAUGAACUGGAAAAUUUCUUCAGCUCAGAUGACGAAGAUAAAAGUGCGCUUCAGGAGUUGGCAGCAGAGCAGAAAUGCUUGGUAGAACAUGUCCUGUGCACCAAACCACUGCCAUGCAGUCCACCUGCACCAAUCAAAGGAUUCUGGAUCAUUUCAGAUCUGUCCCUCGGAGCUGCAAUGAUUUGUAUUACUGAUUCUUUUGAAUGUAUUAUAAGAGAAUUGCUGACCACGACAAGGCCAGUAUCGCCACCAUUAUUGUGUUCCAACCCAGACAGCAGCUGUGUGGCAUCUCCAUUGCGAAACUUUGCAAGCGGUUCCUUUGAGCAACACAUUAGAAAUAUUCUGCGUCGUACUACAACCAAUCCACUGCUACUGAGGGCAUCUGAUGCAGUAGGAGCACCUCCGCCGCAGGAAUGUCUCCAGCUCUUGAGUCGAGCCACCCAGGUCUUCAGAGAAGAGUACAUCCUUAAACAGGCUCUUGCACGCGAGGAGAUCACACGCAGGGUAAAGCUACUGGAAAGUCAAAAAAAGAAGCAAAUGCAGGAUAUUGUGCAGUGCAUUGGGGACAAGAAGGUGAUGCGGGAAAUGGCAGAGGUACUUGCUGACAAAUUUGAAGAUGCAAGAGACAGUCAAGAUGACAUCAUGAUUAGAGUGAAGAGAAUCUUGCACAGUUUGAAUUCAAAGCUUCCUGUGCUGUCGGACAGUGAGAAAGACAUGAAAAAAGAACUUAAAUGUAUCAGUGAGCAACUUGAGGACCUGGGAAACAGUGUUAAACAGGUCCAAAGGAAGAGUGAAUACCAGCAGAGGGAAAUACACGAGCAAGAGAGUCCACGAAAAAAGAGCAUCUCACUCAGUGCAUCUCAGAAGAAGUGUGUUCAAUCUGUUUUAAAGGAGCAGAGUGACCGUAUUACUGAAAUAGUGAGGAAAAUUAAUGACAUCAGAAUUCAUGUGAACUUCUAGUCCUGAGCUUGUUCUGCACGACGAUGGCAAGUUAUCUUUGAAACAUGAAGUUUGAAAGUUCAAUGGAAGAUGUCUCCAAUUCCUCUGAGACUAGGUUGAGGAAAGCAAAAGUAACAACAUUUCGGCCAUGCUGAUCUUACUCAAACUUUCAACACUCUUCAUACAAGAUGCAACGAAAUUCGUUCUGGGUGGAAUUUCAUGAGGUUUUAUUUUCAGUUGGCAUAAAGAUCCAAAUCGGUAACCUUGUAUCUCCGAUCCUCUUACAAUUUACAUACAGUUCUCCAAUUAAAAGGAAUCAUUUGAUAGAGGCACUGGUGCUCCACCAAGGAUUAGUCGAAGAUCAUCCAUCAAUCUCCGAUCAUUAACCUGGUUCUUCUCUGAAUACUAUAUCUUAAACUCAAAAUUACUAUUACCAACCUCUUACUGAACUGAAUGCCGCCAGUGGAAGGGAUAUUUUGUUUUUCUGAUUUCUGGCUUGUGCCAUGUACGGUUUCAUCUCCUGCCUAAAAUGCAGUUCUUUUUGUAUAAGUCUAGAAUUGUGCUCAAACACUUUUCUAAUGCCCCCAAAGCCUGAUUCUAGAAUUGUUUCAUUCAAAGCAGCAGAAUAUUUGCUUUAUCUGUUCAUUUUGGUAGUUGCUUAAAGCAGGGGGAAAAUGCCCCCCUCUGUCUUGGGAUCCUGAACAUUAUGUCCACCAUAGGUGGAUGAAUCUUUCUCCCUCCAGCUGCCGCUGCUCAAAACCAUGUUUCUGGCAUUUCCUUUUGCCGCAGUUUAACAGCUUUAAUUUGGCUCACAACAUGGGUCUCACCACACUGUAGGCAUAUGUAUUUCAUGCUUGCUUGUGCUGCUGACUUUCAGCUUUUAAAAUUGUUUCUGGAGAUGUAUUUUAAUGCAUAAAGGAAGCGUGCACACCCUUCAUAUGUUUUGUCAUAUUUUGUAUUGUUUUUGUUGGAGCAGUUUGGAAGGCCCUUCUGAAAGUGACUAUAUCUCUUGACAAUGCUUUGAGUUUCACUUUGCACACUUGUUGUUUUAUUGGUUGGGAGAAGGUGUCUGAUUACAUCCCUCGAUCUCCACCACCUAGGUGGAUGUAACAACACUGCCCCUAGUUUCACUGCCUCACACUGACUCUGGCCUUAUGACCUGUUGCUCCCACUGAAAAGUGUGUGCAAGUCCAGUGACUUUAUGAUCAGAAUUUGCUCUGAUAUCCAUCAUCCCCCAUGAGAAGUCAUCACUCGGGUGAAAUGAUGGAAUGUGGAGGUGGAGAGAGAGAAAACUGUUCACGUAUCAAACCUUACGUGGUAGGAGACAGUAAUUUAGAAAGGAAAGGGUGACAACUAAUCCAGGUUUGAUUCUAUAAUUAAUAAUCCAAACAUUUUAAGAUAUUUGAAAUAUUUUGGAAGUUCUUGUAAAUGAAUCUGACAGUUUUGUACUCAUAUCUAGUUUAUUUUUGCAACUCAGCUGUUGAUUUACGAAAGGAGGUGCUCUGUUUGGAGAUGCGAUGGCUGCUGUAACUCUUUGACCUAAAGCCUGCAGAUGCUAUGCAGGAGGAGAAGGAAGUAAGUUUUUAAUUUAAUGCGCCAAAUGGGAAUCAAGUUAAUUAGUGCCCAAUUUACUCUCCACUGAAGUCUGUUUUCUAUUCGAUGAAUUAUAUUAAAAUCACCCUUUUUUUGAUAAAGUAGUGUUUAAACAUGUUCAUCCAGAGCUUACAGCCAAUGUACAAGAUCUUUUUUAAAAUGUAGUACUUUGAAAUAUAAUUUUGUGUACUUUAUACAUCUGUGUGAAUAAAAGCAUCUAUAUAGUCUGUGUUGUAUUGUUGAUGAAAGAGCUAACUCACAGGUUGAGCAGUAUGGCUGAGGAAAGCUGAUGUAGCGCCUCAUCCAUUCAGUGGAAGCAUAGGAAAUGGCAAAGAUAAUGCUGGAAAUGGCCAUUGGGUGGCAUCUGUGGGCAGAAGGAGGGUGUUUUGGGUUGAUGACUUAAUUAGUGAAAGGUGUAACAGACUUAAGGCAGGAAAAGGGGACAUAUUGGAAAUACUGCAGGGAAAGGUGUGAAGUAGGCUAGAAAGCAUAACACCAGGAGUAGGUUACUCUGUCCCCUCAAACAGUCCAACAUUCUAAAUCCUGGUUGAUCAUCUACUUGAACACCCCAUUCCUGCACUAUCCCCAUAUCCCUUUAUGUCUUCAGUAACUAGACAUCUCUUAUCGAGUAACUCAGCCUCCAUAACCCCUGGAGUAGAGAAUUCUCAAGAUUCACCAUACUCUAACAGAUCAAAUGACAAAAGGAUGAUGUGUGACAAAAUACAAAAAUCAUCUGCAAGAGCUGUAAAGUGACACCAAUAUGAUUGGCUGUAUGAAAAAAGAGAAUAGUUGUUAUGAUCUAGUAUUGUUGAACUCAUCUGGAAGACUGCAAAGUGACCAAUUGAAAGAUGAGGUGCUGUUUUUCAUUAGGAAGAUUUAAGAGACAGAGGGCCUCAUUUCUCAUGGCUUCAUUCCUGAUGAAGGGCAUUUGCCUGAAACAUCAAUCCUCCUACUCAGGUGCUGUCUGGCCUGCUGUGUUUUUCCAGUGCCAUACCCCUGAUUUCAAAGACAGCGGGUCCAGGGGGAAACUGAGUCAGGAAUUUGUGACAAGUGACUGCAAGGUCAGGGCCAUACUUUGUGGGCUGGAGCAGAGGUGCUCCCAAAAAGUCUCAUCCUGACUGCAUUUCGUUGCUCCUACUAUUGAUUAGAAAUGUCACUGUUAUAAAGGGUGACCUUAUGAGAAAUAGGAAGCAGAGUAGAUCAUUUAGUGAUCAAGGCUGGUCUGUAAUUCAUUAAGAUCAUUGAUCUGAUUGUUACCUUCACCCCAUUUUCCUUUCUGUUCCCAUAACACUUGCCUGCCUUGUAGAUUAAAAAUCAAACUCAGCCUUUUAUGACGCAUGCUGGGGAAGAGCAUUCCAAAGACUCAUAGCAUUCAGUUCCAUCCUAAAUUGGCAAACCUUUUUAAACCGUUUCCAAUAUAAGUAUGACCCUCCUUAAACAUGGAAACCAAAACUAGACCAUACUUUAGAUGCAGUUAUUGUAGGAUUUGGGGUGUCAAACACUGCCAGCUCGUGUUUGGAAUAGCUUGUUGCCAUUGCGAGUCUUUUAAACAAGAUGUAGUUAUUGCAUAAUAGAAAUUGGAUACAAGUUACUUUGGUAAGAUAAACAUGGUAACAAAGACUAUUGGGAGUCUCAGGAUAUAUGGAUAUAAUUCACUUAAUACAAGCUGCCAGAGGAAGUAGAGAAUGUGGCUACAAUUAUAAAAUUUAAAGGGCAUUUGGAUAGGAAAGAUAUAGAAGGACAUGGGCCAAAUGCUGGCUAUUGGGAUGUCUGGUGCUGAAGAAUUGGACUGUAGGGUGUUUCUGGCCUGUAUGACUUUUAAGAUCCAAAAAAUGUUCUGGCUUAACCCUAUUCAGUUGAUAUGAUAUCAUAUGUCUGGGUGGAGCCUAAUGCAGUCACCAAUGUUGACCCUUCAGAGCCAUGACUCUAUAAAAUCUUGCCCAAAGUUUAUUCUUGUGGUUAAUGUUUGACAUUCAUAUCACAAUGGUGGCACAGUGGCUCAGUAGUUAGCACUGCUGUCUCUCAGCACCAGGGACCUGAGUUUGAUUCCAGCCUCAGCAAUUGUCUGUGUGGAGUUUGCACACACUUCCUGUGUCUGUGUGGGUUUCUUCCAGGUCCUCCAGUUUCCUCCCACAAUCAAAGAUGUGCAGGUUAGGUGAAUUGGCCAUGCGAAAUUGCACAUCGUGUUCAGGGAUGUACAGGUUAGGUGCAUUAGUCAGAGGAAAUAGAGUUAUAGAGUAGGGAAAUGGGAGAGUUGGUGUGGACUUGUUGAGUCAAAUAGCCUGUUUCUACACUAUAGGGCUUCUAUGGUUCAUCUAAAGAUGCUUUGUAUUUAAUGUUGCAUAGAGGAUGUGUUUUGAAAGAUGGGAUUUUGUGGACAAGCUUUACUUUAAAAUCACUGUCAAAGUCUGCUGUAAGUAUUAGAUUUUUCUUUAACAAAUCUCCCUCAAUCACAUGACAGGUGACAACUGUUUGCCAUAACCCUGUCUGGGCCUUUUUUGAAAUCACAGGUUUGGAGUGGUUCUUGUUUAUUAAUCUGGUUCAGUUGAAGAAAAGCCUGUGAAGAACAAGCUAAAUUGACAAAACGUUUGCUCUGACCAAGCUACAAAAUUGAUGUCUCCUAUUUCUGAAAAGAAACCCUCCCAAAAAACAGUUCAGGGAGCAUCUGUUUGUCCUCUUGAAAGUGAUUGAAAGAACAUCAAGAUUGUAUUUCCUGCCCAAACUUUGUCUGGAAAGACUGAAGAGACAACCAUGUGACUUGACUAAACCUGUUGGAGCAAGCACUCUGAAACAUUCAAACAAAAACAAAGCUGGUAAUCUGAAGCAAACACACAAUGCUGAAGAAACCUAGCAGGUUUGGCAGCAUCUGUAGAGAGUGAAACAAAAUUAACAUUUCAAGUCCAGUAUUGCAUCAUGAAUGAGUUUGUUUCCAUGCUAUACACCUCUAUGACCCUAACUGAUACCAAGAUCAAAAUAGGAAAUCUGUUCUUGUGUCUCUGAAUUUGCUACCAGACCGGAGUUUCUCCAGCAUUCUUUGUGUUU